AUGCAAUUCUUCACUGAAAUAUAUAGGGAAAAAUUACCUGAUUAUAAUAUUACUGGUAUUGUUUUUGAACAUAACGAGACUAAAGCUAAGGUUGUUAAAAUACUGUCUGAUGACCAAAAUAAAUCAUUUUCUAUUUCUUUUAAAACACCACCUACUAAUAAUAAAGGAAUCCCUCAUAUCAUCGAACAUAGCACUUUAUGUGGAAGUGACCAUUACACUACAAAAGAGCCAUUUGCUGAUCUUUUAAGAGGAAGUUUACAAAAUUUCUUAAAUGCAUUUACAUUCCCUGACCACACAAUGUAUCCUAUUGCAACAACUAAUGAAGUUGAUUAUCAGAAUUUAAUGAAAGUAUAUCUUGAUGCUGUAUUCUUACCACGUGUUAGAAAUGAUAUUUAUCCAUUUUACCAAGAAGGUAGAAGGUGGGAAAAGAGUGAAGAUGGUGAACUUAAAUUUAAUGGUAUUGUUUAUAAUGAGAUGAAAGAAGAAGAAACAAACCCAGUAACUUUAGCCUCAAGAGUUAUUUCUCAAAAACUUUAUAAUGGUACAUAUAUAUAUGAGGCUGGAGGUAUUCCUAAAGAUAUUGAAACAUUAACAUAUGAUGAGUUCUUAAAAUUUUAUGAAGAACAUUACCACCCAUCAAAUUCAUUAACUGUUUUAUAUUCACCAUUAUCAUUGAUCGAUAAUGAGCUUACUAUUUUAAAUGAAUAUUUCAAUGGUAAAGGAUUUAAAACUCCAUCACAUGUCACUGAUAAAGAUACAAAUAUUUCUGGUACAUUUGAAACUGUUCAAUACCCAAUUGAUUCAGAAGAAAGUGAUGAAAUGAAAGAUGUAUUUGUUUAUGCUUGGAAAAUUAAUAACUGUGACCCUGAACUUCAGUUUGCAUUAGAUAUUAUUCAACAAUUAAUGGUAACAGUUGAAGGAGCUCCUUUAAAUGAAAAAUUGAAAGAACUUGGAAUUGCAAAGAAUGUUACUAGCCGAUUUGAAAGUGAUUUUAAAAGUCCAUAUUUUGCUGUUGUUGCUAAAAAUGCAGACCCAUCAAAAUUAGAUCAAUUUAAACAAGUCGUUAAUGAAGAGUUACAAAAAAUAGUAAAAGAUGGAUUGGUUUAUGCAAUGUUAUGUGCUUAUGCCCAUACUCAUGAUGACCCAGAUUUAUUCCGUAGUCUUAGAGUAAAUUGGAUAAUUACUAAAGUUAGAGAAGGACUAAACAAUCAUUAUUUAGAAGAUAUUGUUCAAAAAUGUUUUAUUGAAAAUAAUAAACAUAUUAUUGUACGUUGUGUCCCAACAAAAGGAUUAACUGAGAAAUGGGAAAAAGAAAGCCAAGAACGACAUGCUGAAAUGAGUAAAGAUUUUGAUGAAAAAACAAUCAAAGAAAUAGAAAAUACUUGUGCUGAAUUAAAACGUAAACAACAGGCAGAAGAUACUCCAGAACAAAUUGCUACUAUUCCUCAUUUAAGAUUGAGUGAUAUUGACAAAAAAGGACGUGACUUUUCUCUUGAAGAAGUUAAAAACUCAAUUAAAACAUAUAGAAAGGUUGAUGUAACUAAUGGGAUUGUAUAUUUUAAAUAUUUCUUUGACUUAAGUGAUUUAACACUUGAACAAUUAAGAGUUGCUGAUUUCUUAGCAUCUACCAUUAAAUCAUUUAAUACAAAACAACACAAUUAUUUAACUCUUGGAGCAUUGAUUGAUAUUAACUUUGGUAAAUUAACAUUUAAUAUAGAGACUCAUGUUGAUUCUCAUUUGGGUACUACAACUGAAGAUAUUAAUCAUGUAAAACCAUAUUUCUUAAUUUCAGGUAAAGUAUUAAAUAGUUAUAUUACUGAUGGUAUAAAAAUACUUGCAGAAAUUUUGAAUGACAUUCAAUUUGAUAUCAAGAUAUUACAGAAGAAGUUAUCUGAAUUUAUUGUACGUUCUGAAGGUAUUAUUAAGAAUUCCUCUUUUUCUCCAAUGUCAACUAGAAUAAAAUCAUAUCUUUCUAAACAAGGAGUAAUUGAAGAAUACUUAAAUGGAAUUACUUCCUAUUUAGAAGAUGUUAAAUUAAGAACUAACUUUGAAAAAGAAGGACUUUCAUUCCUUCAUUCUCUUGAGGAAAUUUAUCAUACGAUUUUUAGUACUAAUCGUUGUACUUUGUUUUAUUGUUCUGAAGAAAAUAUUAAAGAAGAUGUUUUAAAACAAUUAACUUCCCUUCAAGAAUUUUUACAUGGAAAAGAAAUGGGAAAGGUUCAAGAAUAUCCAAACCCAAUUGUUAAAAAUGAAGCUCUUCAAGUUCCAAUUAAAGUAAAUUAUGUUAGUAAAGGAUUUAAUUAUGCCUCUAUGGGAAUAACUUUUAAUGGUGCAUUUAAAGCGUUAAUGGAAAUUAUUGAAAAAGAAUACUUAUGGAAUAAAGUUAGAGUUGAAGGUGGUGCUUAUGGAUGUUGGUUGUCUUAUUCAUAUAAUGGAAACGCUAUUUUUGCUUCAUACCGUGAUCCUCAUUUAUAUGAAACCCUUACAACAUAUGACAAAGUUGUAGAUUAUUUAGAAAACAUGAAGUUUACACAAGAAGAAAUUGAAAAUUAUCUUAUUGGUAUUUUUGCAGAUAUUGACGCUCCAAUGACUGUUUCAGGAUUCUUUAAUUCAUGUUGUAAUUCAUAUUUGAAUAAUACUCUUGGAAUUUCUCAAGUAAUUCGUGAACAAUUAUUCCAAGUUACUCUUGAACGUUUAAAAGAACAAUCUUCUAUUAUUAUUAAUGGAUUAAAGAAGAACACUGUUUGCACUAUUUCUCCACAAGAAGCAAUAAAGAAACAAAGUGGAGUCUUUUCAGAGAAAGUUAAUGUCUUUGAAAAAGUUUAA